GAAGAACAGAGGAAAGAAAGCCAAGCGGAGCACAAGCUCCUCGGGAAGCAGCCCCAGCUCCUCUACCUCGAGUUCCAAGGAGAUUCAGCAAAAGAAGAAAGUGAAGAAAGAGGAGCGGGAUGACUACGUGCCCGCCCAGUCCUCGCGUGGGGGAUCGCACGGAGGAGGAUGGAGCUGGCCACAUCGCAGCCAGGGGAAUCGCUCCUGGGGAUCCAGCUGGAAGCCCCGCCAGAGCUACCAGCAGAAGCCUGCCUGGAAUCGCUGGUCCAAGGACCAGGAUCAGACCUCCAAGGGCCCGGACCCCGCAGUCACAUGGGACAAGGCUGAGCCCGACGACGAGACCUGGGAGGAAGAACAAAGGUUGCAGCAGGCGUUGGCCAAGUCGGCAAUAGACGAAGCCUGGACGGAAACCAGGCGGGUUCUCAGCUAUCGUGAGAUCCCGGUCGCAAAGCGGCCUCCAAGCUUUAAAGAAGCGAGUGCUCAGAUUGAAGCGCCACAACUUGAGGCGAUGGAGGCUCGCAUCCGCGACGCAGCUAAGUUACCUGCUCCACUCCUGGCUCAGGUAGCGAAGCUUUUCUGCUCCAUUCCUCAGGAGCGCCUCCCCCCUGAGAUGAGAUGGCGCCAGAUUCAAGGCGCACACUUCGAUGCAAGCAUCUUGGACCUGAACCUCGAGCUACAGUACGAUUGGGAUCUGGAACUUCCAGAUCCCGUGCACCAUCAGUCCCUCACGUUUGCACACGGGACCACGUGGGCGGGAGCCUACGGGGUGAUUUCAGAGUCCCUGCUGCGGCCUCAAGCCGCGAAAUCCGACUGCUAUCCCUCGUUCGGGGCUUUCGGACGAGGCAGCAUCGAAGCGUAUACGGAACACACCUCGGCCAAGGCGCUGGAGAGCGCGGCAAGAAAGUCGAAGGGGCAAACCGUGGUGCUCCUCUGCAGCGCCGUGGGAUUGACAAAGUACAAUCAGCUGUACGACGAGAUCACGCCGCAAAAUCGGCUAUACGCAGCCUCGAAGAAGAAGCCUUCGGAGACACCGGCGGAGAAGCCGAGGAAGACUCUUGGUCCGCUGCAGGACGCAUGGUCGCUCAUUCCCAAGACAGCUGAGGACCUCAGCUCGCCAGCAGUCCUGUCGGGCUCCGAGUACAGAGAUGCACUACAGGGAUGCCUCAUGAGAGCCACCAAGAGAGUAAAAAUCCAGAUGCCGUGGGAGACUCCCAUAAUGCAGUCAAUUUUCGGUGAGCCGGAGAUGGUUCCAGCAGUGCCUUUCUCAUCCGGCGAGCCUUCGAAGCCCGAGGAAUCCCAAGGGCCAGGAGAGGCCAUUGAGAAACUUAUCAUUCCAAGGGUGCCGGUAGUAGCCACAUCUUUGGCGGCCAUCAAGAACCGCCCAAAUGUCAGCUUUCCAAAGAGUGAAGAAGCCCUUCGCCUCAAGGGCAUCGCCCUCUGGUGCGAGAUAGUGUGGACUGAUCCGCACCACUUUGGAAUCACCAGGCAUAUCAGCCUUGAUGAGAGCUCCAACUCUGAAGAGAAAGCUGAGGAACUCUCCACGUGUGUUGAGGCCGUGAUGGGUGUGAAAGCCCCGUCGACAAUACAUUCGAGAGCUAUGGUUAUCAAAAGGUUCCUCUUCUGGUGUGCUGCAAACAACAAGAGCGCAUGGCCUAUGUCUGAAUCGACAGUCUUCGAGUACGUUUCUCACCUCAAAACCAUCGGUGCAGCAACGGCACCGUCUUCCUUCUUACAGUCAACCAACUUUAUGAUCUAUACAGUCGAGCCCGAGGGUGCCCAGGCUAUUGUGGAAAGCUACCUUAUCCUGGGAGUAGCCAAGCAAGCAGCUAGCAAGAAGCGGGCCUUAAAGCAGGCACCAGCACUCAGGGUGGACAUGGUGCUCCAGCUCCACGCCAUUCUUAGGCAUCAAUCCCUGGACACGUUCGAUCGGCUGGCGGCAGGCCUAAUCCUCAUGUGCGUGUACGGCCGCUGCCGAUGCUCGGACCUCAGGUAUGUCCAGGAACUCUCUCUGGAUGUCACCGGACGGCACGGGUUCAUAGUUAGAACGGAAUUUCACAAAACAGCGAACAAAGAGAAGCGGAAGCUGCUGCCUAUCGUUGCCCCUGCCUUUGGGGUGACCGACGAGAACUGGGCGCAACAGUUCCUGCUUUUGCGCGAGAAGAGCCUGGGAAAAUUCCAGCCAGGCCCCUUCCUUCCUGCGCCUCUGUUGGAAGGGAAAUUCUCGGAGAGACACAUUGACAGCGAUGAGUUCACAUCGUUGCUCAGGCACCUCCUUCGUGAGUUUGUAGGAGCUUAG